CGCCCAGCGUGUCAGGUGCCGUGAGAAGCGCCGAGGGAUAUGACUGCAGUCGACUUUCCAGAAGCCGCGCACGCAAGGCACAGCUCUGCACGCAAGGGGGAGGCGACAGCAAAGCAAACUUCAACUCGAUAAAAGUUCGCAGGCGUGCGGCAAUUUUCUUCCUCCCCCUCUUUCCCCUCCUCCCUCCGGGAAUCUUCGGAGAGCCCUCCCUCCGCUCCAGACCCUGGUGUUUGCGCCAGCUUGUUUUGGGCCCAGCGCCAAGGACGCGGCCAGCGCCACCCGGAGUCCUCGAGUGGCCGGCGCCACCUGGAGGAGCUUCUACGAUGGAAAUCUCGGUCAGGGCCAGCUGCGCCCUACCAGAGCUGGCCUUUGUGUGUCAAGGACAGUCGGGUCCCCGGGGCGGGGGAGAGGCGUCUUUCAGGGAUUCUUCAUCUCGCUGCAUGAGGUGGAAGGAGAACUUUGUGCGCCAAAGGGCUUCGUUUGCGGGCCAUUUGUUUUCGAGAACAUUAAGAUAAAAUAACUAGGGAGGUUGGAAGGCAAACCGCCACCACAAACCGAACUAUCUUCUUUUCCAAAUUGACAGGUUUCUUUUUCUAGCCCGGGCCCUCAAGGAUUCAGAGCAGUGUUCUCUCGGGGAAUGAAGUUCAAGUGACUGGGAGGGAAGGGGACUUCGGGGAGCGCUCCCACGGAGAGCUCAGCGGGAUGGGCAGCUUCUGUCCCGAGUGCGCUUCCGGGAAACCCGUGUGGCCACGAUUGGGAUUGACAAUGACUAACAGCGAUUUGGGGGCAAACCAAAAGCCCAGACCGCCGCUUCUAGUAAAGCCACGGGCUGUUUCCCCAAUGCCGUCGAGGCACGCCGGGGCCACCUCGCGUGACCACCGCGCGCGGCGGCCCCAGUAGGAGUCGGAGCCGCCAGGACAGUCCAGACGCACCUCGCCCAGCCCUCCUUAAGCCCCGCCUCCGCCAGGUCCCCUGCCUCCUCCCUCUUAAACAGACUUUAAAAACGGGAUGGCGCGUUUUGACUCUCUGGAGUGGCUGUGUGCAUUUGGGCCACGCCUCUGCGACUCCAGCUGUCAGAGCCACGCAAGGGGCGUUAGGGCUGGCGAUUGCCUCCACUCAUCGACCCCAACCUCCAUCCCCCGCUGUGAGAAAACCCCGACUUUACCGAGGCCCCAGGUGCAGCCGGGGCUCGGCAGAGGAGGCACCUUUCUCCGUCCCCAACCCAAUCCAAGUGCCCCUGGCUCUGACGACGCCUGGACACUCUAGAGUGGGUGCUAAAGCUCCCAGAGCUGGCAGCAGGUGUCCGGGGCGGGCCUCCUAUUUCCUGGAGACACUCAGGUUGGCAUUUUGCUCUUGGAACAGGCAGUCGCGUGCCGCUGGAAACUACGCCUCCUCGCAGCAUGGCCACCAGCCUCAGCCUGGACGAUCCUCUGCUGCCGCUCUCGCUGUCCGCCCAGCAGACCACGCUCCUGCUGCUUCUCUCCGUGCUGGCUGCCGUGCACGUGGGCCAGUGGCUGCUGAGGCAGAGGCGGCGGCAGUCGGGGUCCGCGCCCCCUGGACCCUUUGCGUGGCCGCUGAUCGGAAACGCCGCGUCCCUGGGCUCCGCGCCGCACCUCUCUUUCGCGCGCCUGGCGCAGCGCUACGGCGAUGUCUUCCAGAUCCGACUGGGUAGCUGCCCCGUGGUGGUGCUGAACAGCGAUCGCGCGAUCCGCCAGGCCCUGGUGCAUCAGGGCUCCGCCUUCGCCGACCGGCCGCGCUUCGACUCUUUCCGCGUGGUGUCUGGCGGCCUCAGCCUGGCCUUUGGCCAGUACUCGGAGCGCUGGAAGGCGCAGCGGCGCGCAGCGCACAGCAGUAUGCGCGCCUUCUCCGCGCGACAGCCGCGCAGUCGCCGCAUCCUCGAGAUCCACUUGCUAGGCGAGGCGCGUGAGCUGGUGGAGCUGCUGGUACGCGGCAGCGCCGGCGGCGACUUCCUCGACCCGCGGCCGCUGACCGUGGUGGCCGUAGCCAAUGUCAUGAGCGCCGUGUGCUUUGGCUGUCGCUACAGCCACGACGACGCCGAAUUCCGCGAGCUGCUCAGCCACAACGAGGAGUUCGGGCGCACGGUGGCGGCGGGCAGCCUGGUAGACGUGAUGCCCUGGCUGCAGCGCUUCCCCAACCCGGUGCGCACCGCCUUCCGCGAAUUCCAGCAGCUCAACCGCAAUUUCAGCAACUUCGUCCUCGACAAGUUUCUGAAGCACAGCGAAAGCCUUCGGCCCGGGGCGGACCCCCGCGAUAUGAUGGACGCCGUCAUCCUCUCCGUGGGAAAGGAGGCGGCCGAGGGCUCCGGCGACGCGCGGCUGGACGUGGAGUAUAUGCCGUCCACAAUCACUGACAUCUUCGGCGCCAGCCAGGACACUCUCUCCACCGCGCUACAGUGGCUGCUCAUCCUUUUCACCAGGUACCCUGAAGUGCAGGCUCGGGUGCAGGAAGAAUUGGAUCAGGUCGUGGGCCGAGACCGUCUGCCCUGCCUGGAUGACCAGCCCCACCUGCCCUACGUCAUGGCCUUUCUUUAUGAAGCCAUGCGCUUCUCCAGCUUUGUGCCCAUGACCAUUCCUCAUGCCACCACUGUUAACACCUCUGUCUUGGGCUACCAUAUUCCCAAGGACACGGUGGUUUUUAUUAACCAGUGGUCAGUGAAUCACGAUCCAGUGAAGUGGCCUAACCCGGAGAACUUUGAUCCUGCUCGGUUCUUGGACAAGGAUGGCUUCCUCAACAAGGACCUGGCCAGCUGUGUGAUGAUUUUCUCAGUGGGCAAACGGCGCUGCAUCGGGGAAGAGCUUUCCAAGAUACAGCUAUUUCUCUUCAUUGCCAUCCUGGCCCACCAGUGCAAUUUCAAGGCCAAUCCAGACGAGCCCUCAAAAAUGGAUUUUAAUUAUGGCCUCACCAUUAAACCCAAGUCAUUCAAAAUCAAUGUCACUCUCAGAGAGUCCAUGGAGCUCCUUGAUAGUGCUGUCCAAAAGUUACAAGCUGAGAAAGACUGUCAGUGAGAAGCCGGAAGCAAGCUGGAAUUUUAGAAGUACUCCAGUUUUGAGGGGUGGGGAGUAAAAAUUUCUAGUUCCUCUGUGCUGCUUUCUCAAUUAGCCUCCAAAGUGAGCAUAAACCAAUGGACCCGUAGAUACUGUGUUUGACACCUGUAUCCUCAGAUGAGCACUGGGCUCUGCAGGAGCUCUGGAAAGAUUCUUUUGAGUCAGAGUUAAAGGGCUCAAAGAGUUUUUAUACAUUGACUGAAUGCUAUAAUAGUCACUUCUUGAGGGAGCACUCUUUGGAAUUAAAACUCCAUGUAUACACAUGCAAAAUUACCUAGUGGAGAGCUACUUCUAAUACCAUGCCUUUGUGGGUGGCAUCCAAGAAUGAUGUUCUUUGUGCUAAAAUCUCCAUAGAAAACUAUGUUAAGCAAAGUUUCAGAACAUAUUGUUAAAUAUGCAAAGGCAAAUAAUUACAGUGUAAGUCAUAUGAUUGUGGGUGAGGAAGAAAAGGUAAGAUCAGAAAUUCCCUUCUCACCUUUUCAAUAAAGUAGCUUAGGCAGGCGCUGGUAUCUAUGGGUGAAUUUAUCUUUUUGCCUACUGAUGUGCUUUCUCUUACUUUAUUGGAUGACUCACAAAGUCAUUCGCUCAAAAAGAAAUUGGUAGUAUCGAUAGUUGGUUUAGUCAUAUAGUAGGUUUCAGUGAUUUAUCAUGAAUUUUAAAGUGUAAGUUGUUAAAUUGUAAAAAAUGUCAAGCUGUGUUGGUUGCCAAAGUACAGAAUUUCAAUUAUGAGGAUAAAAAAGACAACCCCAAAACAAAAAAAGAACAAAUUUACCAGCCCGGUUAAGCUUUAAAUUAUGUAAUCGCAAUACAGCUUUCAGUAUGUCUCAUAGGUUAAAAAAAAGUCACCAAAUAGUAUUCAAUAUGUAUACAUAUAUGAUGAUUCAUAAACAUAUGUAUUAGUUAUUUUAUUAUUAAAUAGUAUUAAUUAUUUUGGUCAAGAAAAGGUUGAAUAAUGUAUGUCUUUUAUAAUAUCAUAGCAAAUUGAAUAGUACAACCAAUUCAACUAAUUUUGGCUCAGAAACAUGAAAUGAGCUUGAUUAAAUCAAUUGCCUAUUUUUUUUUUUUGGCAUCAUGAUAACCAGGUUGAAGUAAAAUCAUUUUCUCUCAUCCAAAACUUGUACGCAAAUGGAAAAAUAUAAAAAUUGGAUCUGUAAGAUGUGUUCCUUAUUACUUUACAAUAUAUUGUGAUUGUAUUCAUAAUACAGAAUCUGUUUUUGAAAAUUGAUCUAGUUAAUAUAAUUCCAAACUUUGGCAUGCUGACAUUUUAAUUUAAUUUUAAAGACAUUCUGAUUAUUGAGUUCCAGUAGACAUUACUGGAAACCUGACCAUUAACCUGUGGAAAGCAGAAAAAUUUAACCUGUGUUUGCCUGGUGAAUAGUGAAAAAUGCAACAAAUUAUCAGGAUGUUCUCUUUUCUUUUAAAUGCUUUUUAAAAAUAGCAUUAAUGUCACUGUUGUGGAAAGUCGGAAUCAGGAGGUAGUCUUGGGAGGCUGUUUUGAGAGUUGCAUCAUAUACCAGUGGAGGUGAUCUGAUCAGCUGUACUUAGUUAAGAUUGGCAAAUCAGAGAGCGGUCUCUUUUGUAACUGUGAAAACAUAAAGCUUGAACAAAGCAUAUAUGUUCAGUUUAUGUAAAUAACCUGAAAACCUUAAAAUGUUGGCAGAGUGUGAAAGUACAAAGUGAAGUUUGAAGUUUUAACUUUUAUUGCAUAUUAACGUCCAAAGGAAGUUGUGCAGUGUCCUAAAAGUUUACGGCUUGUUACAUUUUAUUAAUUUUUUGGAAUCUUUUUAUCAGAAUUAUAAAGGAAGGAGUGUAAUGGUUGUGUGUGUGUGUGUGUGGGGGGGGUUGGUAAGAAAAAAGAAUUAAAAAGCGAAAAAGAAGAGAGAUGGUCCAACAUUUCCCCACUCAUUCCAAAUUUAUUAAUUUGAAGUAUGACAAUUUAGAACAAAGAUGUUUUGUGUGCCAGUGUUACAUCCCAAAUAGACUUAAAAAAAUCUACAUGUAGCAAUUUGAAAUUUGAAAUUUACAUUGUAAUUUGAAAUUUUUAUUAGGUAAAAUUUCACAUACUUUUAAUUAAUAGGAUCUCAUAGCUAUACCUCUUUGAUAGGAAAUACUGUGGCAGUGCUUUAAAAGGCACUCAAGUCAACAAUAGAAAUUGGGCUUACCCAAUACAUUUACAUUUUUUUGGCACUGGCAACUCCAAAAUAUUAUUACCCCCACCCAAUGUCCCAUCCCCCAGCAGGGCUGAGGCAGUGAAUUUGGGCUGCUAACUCAGCCUACUUAUUCUGAGAGGUGUGUGUGUGGCAGCAAAAGCAAUCAUGUACCAAUCUGGAUGCCUCAUUAAGUCAACCAGAUCCAGAUGUGCUAAAUAACCUGUUUUUGUGUCCCUUUUACAUAUGUGGGCUCCGUUCAUCUGGUGCUUUUAGCAAUGGAAAAGCUGAGCUUAUACGGAAAAAAGGAAGGUGGGCACUUGGAGUUUAGCUGGUUUAUUUAAUAUGUUUAUGACCUAGUGAAAGGAAGGAAAGCAAAACCAAAAACAAAAAUAACCAAAUUUGGAGGCUACAGUAAUCACGCUAUGGCUUAAUCAGAAAACCUCAUUUUAUUUCUGCCAGAGAAAUAAAAUGGUCACCAUUCUAGUCAGAACAUCUACUCCAGGUUAUUGCAAUAAAGUAUAUUGUUUAUUAAAUGCUUCAUUCAUAUAGUAAAGCUUUGACUCUGUAAGAAAAUUGCUUUUUUUCCAAAACAAAAUGAUGUCUCAGGUUUGUUUUGUGGAUUAUCUAAAAGCUUUCAUGUCUCAGAACUUAGCCUUUAUCUGUGAAUUAUUAUUACAGCCUUAAUAUUUUUCAUAUUAGAUCUAUAUUAGAUCAAAUAAUUGCAUAGCAUUAUAUAUUAGCUUGUGUGAUUUUAGCUAUGACACACAGCUGUGUGAUAAAAAUGUAUUCUUUAUUAGAUGUUUUAUAACUCAAGAAUAACUUCUUAUUUAACCUUUUCUUAUUUUUGUAUUUUACCAUGUAUGCUUUUAAUAUGUACAUAGCAAAUAUAAUGCAUAAUUGUACUUGAAAUAGAUUUUGGGGACACAGCAUUCAUACAUAGCUUUUACUGUUUGAUAUACCAAAUUAAAGAAAUCUGUAUCUGUGAUUUACCUAUAAAAGUACACUAUUACCAAAAUAAUAAAAAUCACUUUCAUAAUA